GUUUUUGCGAGCGACCCGCUGGAGAGAGAUACAGCUGGAGCCGAGGCUGGAUGUCGUAAUAUCCAAUCAGUAGCUUCGCAGCUCUUGUUUUUAUUAUGCUUUAGUACUGCAUAGCUGCAUGGGACUCAACCGGACCGGGCUAACCCAAAACUAAAAAGCAAAACCAAAACAAUGGCAACCUGAUACGGGGAACCCUUAAAACAUUUCUCCCUUUUCAAAAUCGCCACACAUGGACUGUCUCACCAUUUCGGCGCGUCACCCAUUAAUUUGGCUAAUUAAUUACACGAGCAGUUCCAUACAGAAAUUUGGAAACGCUCGCAGUGUCGCCACUCCAAAUCCAAGAAGGUGUAUGGGACUCGGUCACACCUAGAAAUGCCUGACUUAUAGAUCCGUAAACCAGGCACCCAGUCUGUACUCCACAGAAUGCCAGCAGACACAAUGACCAGUGAGCCAGCGGUUAGUUGCUUCGAGCGCCAGGGCUUGGCAGCGCCUGGAGACGAAGACGUAGACUCGCUUUCCUCUCUGUCGGAUAACCUGUCGAUUUGGAUCGACGGCGAGGAGCACUGGAUAUCCGGCGUGGACGCCAGCACCACCUGCGCAGAUCUAAUCUGUGCAUUAAUUAGCUAUCAAACAGUCCAGCAACAGGUGUUUCGCAAAGAAGACGGACUCGCAAGUCGUCUGAGGCAAGAGCCCAGCAAACACCCCGCCCACACGCAGCAGGAGUUUGCCAUUGUGCGGAAGCAGCGCCAGUACGAGGAGUAUUUGGACAGCAAUGCCAGGCUCAUUGAUGUUAUCACCAGCCGUCACGCUUUGCCGAAGGAGGAAUGCCAGCUCCAGCUUCGCCAUUUGGCCACUUCAACCCGCAAGCACACCCCGACAACGGACGCGGACAGCGGGAUGGGCAGUCCAGUGGACAGUUCGCGGAGCAUGCGCUUCAGGCGAAGGGGCAGGACCUCCGUCAAAAACACGAGCCACACCAACACCAAUUCCAAGCAGCCAAAAAGGGGUCGAAAACUGCAGCAAAGGAACUACCACAUGACUCCGAACGAGAGUCUGCUGACCAUUAUCCUGGCCCAGGACGAGACCAUACUCCAGCAAAUGUCCAUGUUGCACGAAAAAGAUCGACAAAUUCUCAAAAUCGAGGAGGAAAAGCACCGAGUGAGGGAACGAGAGCUAGGUAAAAACUAUUUGCUAGAGACGUACCUGAAGGACUUGGAUGAACCCCAAGAAAAUUGCCCAGACCCUGAAGAAUUCAAAGAGGUGAUAGCGAGGAUUAACGAGGAUGGUAAUGACGAAAUUAGGCCAGAUAAGGACUGUAGAACGUCAAACGAUAGUGAAACCAUCAAGGACAAGUCCCGACUGUAUUGGCUGGAGAAGAUCCACACGGUUAACAAACAACUGGAGCGGGAGGAGGAGUACCUGCUCAGCCUCCACGCUAAGGUGCGCAGACACCAGGUGAAGCGGGCGUACCAGACAAAGAGCGAGGUGCUGCUGCAAAUUGACAGACUCGAUACUGAGUUGGCGGCUCAGGUGGAGGAUAUCCAUAGAGUGGAACGGAAACUUUUCACGGCCAAUGAGCAGCUAAAAGCCAAGUUGGGAGUGCUUGAGUGUUUGGGUCACGAAUUCGAAGCAACGGUUUCUGGAAGCGAUAUAGCAGUAGCUGCCGCCGUGGAAAGGAAAAAUCCUGCGGAAGGAGAUCUGAUCCAGUCUUCCACGCAACAACCAGGUGAUGUAUCUGACUCUGGCCCGCCAGUACCUGGGAAUUUCUGGGACCAACGCAACUGCCGCCCGGCCCGACGAGAACUGACGCAAAGAAACUUGAAGCAAAUGUUCAUAGUGAGUGGAUUAGGAAAUCCUCCUACCUCAACUAGCGUCCGUGGAGAAGAAUUUGGUCAUAAAACAGAAUUCGCGAUCGUUUCGAAAACUGCCAUUCAGCACCUCGGCACCCUUGUUUAAAUUCAGCAAGAACUUUUCAACUGCUGCAUGAAGCCCGCAUUGGGCUGUAUGCAUGGCCUCCACGACUUGACCAGAUUGUACGCAUCCUCGUAGCACAUGUCCCUUCGCUGCAUCAGAUAGCCG